AUGACUUUCACACCGCCAGCCACCCAACCGGGCCUUGUCGUCGACGAAAACGACAAUGUGGUCGUCCGUCCUGACUGCCCAUUUCCCUCCCUGCCCCCUGACCAGGUUCUGGUGCGGGUGCGCGCCGUCGGCGUUAACCCCAGCGACACCAAAAUGCGUGGGCCCUUUGCCCUCCACCACGCUAUCCUUGGCGCUGAUUUUGCUGGUGACGUGGUGGCGAUCGGUCCAGACGUUAAGGACGUGGUGGUGGGCGAUCGUGUUUGUGGCGCGCAAAACGAAUUAUUCAAACCCGAGCCCGAAAGGGGCGCGUUUGCGGGCUACAACGUAACCCGCGGGCGCAUGUGGAUGAAGAUACCAGAUAAUUGGACCUACGAAGCCGCUGCAAGCUUGCCAGUUGGUUUAUGCACUGCGGGUCUCGCAUUAAAAUUGCUGGGGCUGCCAUUGCCGGACACACCGGUCGAAAAAGGGUCUCAUGUCCUGGUUUACGGCGGCAGCACUGCUACAGGGACUAUCGCUAUACAAUUGUUAAAAUUGUCCGGUAUGAUUCCCAUUGCAGUAUGCUCGCCUAAAAACUUUGCGCUAGCCAAAAGCAACGGGGCAGAGGAGGUUUUUGACCGGAACGACAAGGAAUGCGCGCAAAAAAUUAAAGCAUACGCGAACAAUCUAAAAUAUGCCCUCGACUGUAUAACCAGCGUCGAAUCCACCAUCCUUUGCUACAACGCCAUUGGACGCGCCGGCGGCAAAUACGUCUCCUUGGACCCCUGGCAGGAGCAUGCGGCCACGCGCAAAGUGGUAAAGCCCGCCUUCACCGUCGGCCCUCGGGUUUUUGGCGAAGGUUGUACGUGGCCGGCGCCCUAUGGGAGCGGGCCUGACGAUGAACUCAAGGAUUUCGGGGUUCGGCUUUGGGACGUGGCGACGGAACUUGUGCACACGGGGAAGCUUAGAAACCAUCCCCUACGGAUUAUAAAUGGCGGCUUUGAGGCAAUUAUUGCCGGGAUGGACAUGAUAAAGGAAAAGAAACUUUCGGGGGCCAAAAUUGUGGUGCGGAUGUAA